UUUUUUUUAGAAAAACGUGUAAUAAAUAAAAAUUAAAAACUUGCGCCCUCUGCCACAAGUCUUAUAUUUAUUGUGUUACCAAACUGGUAAUAUUAUGAAAGUUACGAAUUUGGUAUAUUUUUGGUCUUUAAAUAGAACAUUUUGAAAUUUCGUUUGCGGUCAGCUUGUGCAUGAGCAUCAAUUUAUAAAUUGACAUCACAACUACAAUAAAAGUUUGAACAAAACGUAAGAAAAUAAAGUGCUUAAUUUAAAAAAUAACAACAUUUACAAAAUUAGUUGCAACGCUUCGCUCGCGAGGCUGCCAAAUGUGCAGACGUGUUUGAUCUUCAUUGAGUGUAAUAAAAAGGUCAGAGCGUCUAGUUUGGUCGGAGAGAUCAUCUGUAGAAACUUUUUGCACGUGCAAAAUGAGUUCCGUUGGCGUUGGUAAUAUCGUUGAAGCCCCCAUUUUAAAUGUGCCUGGUCGAAGUCAAACCAUUUGCCGUUAUUACUUGCGCGGCAUUUGUCGAUUCGGUGACCUUUGUCGCUUCUCCCAUGAUUUAACUCGAGGCCAUCCUGAAGGUGAGCCGGGUGCUAUAAACAAUACAGCAACAACUAAAGCAUCCGACGAUGCCAAUGAAACCGAUGUGGAGGAGAUUCCCAGCACCAGCCGAAACAAUUGGGUUAACGCAUCUAUCUUUGUGCCUGGACAAAAGUGUUUUGUGACCCAAAGUCAAAGUCUCGGUGGAAAUGACCACGACGAAGAUGAAGAAUCCGUUGCUGCGACGGCAACUGGCAGUACAGCUUUACAAAAUGGUAUCUCAUGGGCGCAAAUUGUCGGUGGACCUGACGUUGGUGUUGUGAAGCACGCAGAGUGUCGCUCAUUAGACGAUGUUUGCCCCUACGAAAGUCCCUGUCCCUAUGGCCAGUAUUGUCCCUAUCGCAUACAUAUGGAGCUUUGCGAGAUGUGCGACCAAUACUGCCUGCAUCCCACGGACCAAGCGCAACGUAAGAAGCACAAUCGCGAGUGUUUGCAGCAGCAUGAACAGGCCAUGGAAUUGUCUUUUGCGAUUGCCCAGUCCAAGGAUAAGACAUGUGGUAUCUGCUUCGAUACUAUCAUGGAGAAAGCCGGCAGAGAGAAACGCUUUGGCAUAUUGCCUAACUGCAAUCACAUAUUUUGCUUGGAAUGCAUUCGAACAUGGCGUCAAGCCAAACAGUUUGAGCAUAAAAUAACACGAGCUUGCCCCGAGUGUAGGGUGUGUUCCGACUUUGUUUGCCCCAGCGCCUUUUGGGUUGAAACAAAAGAGGAAAAGGAUAAAUUGCUGAAUGACUAUCGCGCCGCUCUCGGAGCCAAGGACUGCAAGUACUUUAAAAAAGGCGAAGGCAAGUGUCCAUUUGGCAACAAGUGUUUCUACAAGCAUGCACUGCCCAAUGGCGAUCUUGUGGAUGUUGGAUUGCCAAAACGAGCAAGGAAAUUGCAUAGCCAGAAUGAUCUAAUUGAUUUACUCGAUAUCUAUCUUUGGGAAUACGUAGAUCGACGUGAUUAUCAUUGGCUGGAAUUAAUUUCAAGUGAUAUGAGCGAUAUUUCCGAAUCCGAUGAGGAUGAUCAAGAUCAAUAAUAUUAUCGGAUCAACUAUAAGUAAUUAAAAAUACAUGCAUAACUAAAAGUUAGAUAAAACAGCAAAAACUGCAACAAAAAAAAAAGAAAAUACAUAAUAUAAACAUUACAAUGCUGAUAUAUAUAUAUAUAAUACUGCAUGAUAAAAUCAAAUGUGUAAUUAAAAGUAAGAGAUCAUUUAAGUACCAAAAUUUUUGUUUACGUACGGAAAUAAAUACAUAUAUAUUUUUGCCCAACACAACGCAACGAAAUUAACAGCAAAUUUUCCGCAAAUACAAAGAAAAAAAACAACUAUGUAAAGAAAACCAAAAACAAGUGGUUAAAAUAAAUUUAAGAAAUUAAUAUUGUAAAACACUUAUUAUUUAAAGAAACAAAACGAAGCAAAGCAAAACUAUUUUAAAAAUAAACAAAAACAGGAUAAAUUAAACAGUUAAUUAUUCAAAAUAGGUGAUAUAAAAAUGUGUAUACACAACUAUGCCUUUCAGACUGAAUUGUAAACAUAAAAAAUAAGCAAGUUUUUUAUGAUGUUUUCCACUUACUGUCCUUUAAAGUUUACUUAAAAAUAAGAUAAUACACGCACACAGGAAUAUUCAGAUGCUCAUGCACAUACAUAUGUAUACAUAUAAACUUAUAUUUAAAAGAAAAAGUGAAAUUGUUUUUUGUCAAUCGAUUCAAUUGUUUGUAUUGUUACGAAUCUACUUAUUACCUUUAUUAGAUAUUAUUUACAUAAUACAUGCAUAUAUACCUUAUUAUUCGAAUUGUUCAGUAUACAUUCUUUGGACGGAACAGACACAUUGAUUUUAAUUUAACUGCUUGUAAUGCCCAUUUGCGAAUGAUACACAUAAUACACUAUAUAUACAUAUGCUUAGAUAUUUUAUGUUAUUACGUUAUUAUUACCUGUUAUACAAAAAAUUAAAUAUAUAAAGCAAACAAUUUAAAUAAAUUAUAAUCUCAGAAUGAAAUAUUACGUUAAUUGUUCCAAAGCUAAUUCUAUUUUUGUGUAAAAUUAUUUGUCAUUCCCAAGAACACAACAUUACAUUCGUUUUAUAUAGUAAAAAAGUCUAACAAUAAAGAUUUAUUUAUUCAUUCAAUCAACAUAAUAUGUAUGUUAAUAAGACCAUUGAUAAUAACAAUUGCGCCAAUAUUGAUCUCCCCAUUUGAGGGUCCAGUCAAGGCUUAAUAAACGCAUUGUAAAAGUAAUUCUGUGAAAAGUUUCGUCAAAGCUGCCCCAAUUAACAAAAUAUAUUGCCAAUAUUAUAUUAAUACAUAUGUAUGCUAAUAUAUAUUAUAUGUUUAUCUGAUUAACAUUAUGUGUAUUCAUGAAACAUGUCACAAACCAAUGGCUUGAUAUUACAAAGCCUUAACUAAUGAAUUAGAUAUAAAGUAUUUAAAG